AUGAAUGCGCCCGGGCCCUCUGCCCCGUCCUCCCCGGGGGGAGGUGGCCGACCCCUCCGCCCUCGUCUCCCCGCAGGCCCGCCGCCGGAGGUCCCGUCGGCCCCGCCGCGGGGCCCCGUGUGCCCGGAGUGCCAGCGGCGCUUCAAGAAGCGGGCGCACCUGGCGGAGCACCUGCGGCUGCACUUCCCGGACCCCAGCCUGCAGUGCCCGCACUGCGCCCGCUUCUUCACCAGCCGCAGCAAGCUGCGCCUCCACCUGCGGCGGGAGCGGGGCCAGAAGGCCCACCGCUGCCCGCUGUGCCGCUACAGCGCCGUGGAGCCCGCCGCCCUCCGCCGCCACAUGGGCAGCCUGCACGGGGGCGACGCCGCCGCCGACGCCACCGCCGCGGCCCCCUUCGCCUGCCCCGUGUGCCAGCAGGAGUUCCGCCUCGGCCGGGCCCUGAAGGAGCACCUCAAGGCCCACGCCGCGGCCCGGCCGGCCCCGCUGCCCUGCUCCCGGGAGGGCUGCGCCCACACGGCGCCCGACCGCCGGGCCCUGGGCCGCCACUUGCGGGAGGCCCACGGCGCCGCCCGCCCCGUGGGCUGCCGCCACCACGCCUGCCCGCUGCUGUUCGCCACGGCCGAAGCCAUGGAGGCCCACCGCAAGAGCCACCUGGCCUUCCACUGCCCGCACUGCGACUUCGCCUGCUCCAACAAGCAGGCCUUCGGCCGCCACGCCCGCCAGGGCCACCCCGGGGCCGAGGAGCUGCGCUGCGCCUACUGCCCCUUCGCCACCUUCAACCCCGUGGCCUUCCAGGACCACGUGGGCCAGCUGCACGCCCACGAGAAGAUCCACCGCUGCCCCGACUGCCCCUUCGCCACCGCCCACAAGAGAGCCCUGGCCCGCCACACCCUGCUGCACACUGGAGAGAAACCCCACAAGUGUAAGCAGUGCGACUUCACGUGCCGGGACGUGAGCUACCUGUCAAAGCACAUGCUGACCCACUCCAGCGCCAAGGACUACAUGUGCAGCGACUGCGGCUACGUCACCAAGUGGAAGCAUUACCUCAGCGUACACAUGCGCAAGCACACGGGGGACCUCAGGUACCAGUGUGACGAGUGCCCGUACCGCUGCCACCGGGCCGACCAACUGAGCAGCCACAAGCUGCGCCACCGGGGCAAGUCGCUGAUGUGCGAGGUGUGCGCCUUCGCCUGCAAGCGCCCGUCCGAGCUGCGGCGGCACGUGGCCGCCCAGCACGGAGCCCCCGACCCGCCGCCCGCCUCGGUCUACCCCUGCCGCUACUGCGCUUACCAGAGCCGUCACAAGCAGGCCCUGCGCAGCCACGAGAACUGCCGCCACACCCGCCUGCGCCAGUUCCGCUGUGCCCUCUGCGACUAUGCCACCUUCAGCAACCCCGCCCUCUUCUUCCACAAGCGCAAGGCCCACGGCUACGUGCCCGGCGACCGGGCCUGGCUGGCCCACUAUGCCCGCCGUGAGAGCCAGAGGGAGCGGGAGAGGGACGGCCCCGGGCCCUCCGCCGGGGGUCCGGGGGGACGGGCAUGGGAGGGCGACCGGGCUCCGGCCCCCCUGGGGGUGGGCGUGGAGACCCCGGCCCCCUUGGAAGUGGGCAUGGAGGCCCUGGCCUCCCUGGGGAUGGGUGGCGAGGCCCCGGCCCCCAUGGUAGUGGGCGUGGAGGCCUUGGCCUCCCAGGGGGUGGGCAUGGAGACCCCAACUUCCCAGGGGGUGGGCGUGGAGACCCCGACCUCCCAGGGGGUGGGCGUGGAGACCCCGACCUCCCAGGGGGUGGGCAUGGAGACCCCAACUUCCCAGGGGGUGGACUUGGAGACCCCAACCUCUCAGGGGGUGGGCGUGGAGACCCCAACCACCCAAGGGGUGGAAUUGGAGACCCCACCCUCCCAGGGGGUGGGCAUGGAGACCCCGACCUCCCAGGGGGUGGAAUUGGAGACCCCACCCUCCCACGCGGUUGUCUUGGAGACCCCAAUUUCCCAGGGGGUGGGCGUGGAGACCCCAACCUCCCAGGGGGUGGGCAUGGAGACCCCAACCUCCCAGGGGGUGGAACUGAAGACCCCACCCUCCCAGGGGGUGGGCAUGGAGACCCCAACUUCCCAGGGGAUGGACUUGGAGACCCCAACCUCCCACGGGGUUGUCAUGGAGACCCCAACUUCCCAGGGGCAGGACAUGGAGACACCGACCUCCCAUGGGGUGGGCAUGGAGACCCCAACCUCCCAGGGGGUGGGCGUGGAGACCCCAACUUUCCACGGGGUGGGCAUGGAGACCCCAGCCCUCCAGGGGGUGAACGAUGACACCCCGGCCCCCGAGCGGGUGGUCGACGAGGCCUCGGCCCCCCAGGGGGUGAGCGGCGAGGGAGAAGACGAGGAGGAAGAGGAAGGGGUCUGCACCCUCCACCUGGAGGCCGUGGAUGUGGACGUGGCCCCGGGGCCUGGCCCUGAGCCGCCUCCCGCCCCUGGCACAGACCCAGGGGAGCCCGGCGAGGCCCCCCGGGCGGGGACGGGGGAGCCGGGGCCCGGCCCGCUCCCGGACCCCCAGGUAUCGGUGCUGCGGGCGCUGCGGCAGCAAGACAAGGAGCGGGCCGAGGCCCUGGUGCUGGAGGGCCGCGUGCAGGUCGUGCUGGUCCCGCCCGCCGCCACCCGCGCCCUCCGCUGCCCCUUCCUCGCCCACCGGGAGAAGGUGCCGGACGCCCCCACGCAGACCAGCCGCCCGGCGGGCCGCGGCCGGACCCUGCUGUGCCCGGACUGCGGGGCCGCCUUCAAGCAGCCUCGGGGCCUCAACACCCACCGCCUCAAGAAGUGCCCGGGCCUCCUCAGGAAGGCCCGGGCGCCGCCUCCAGUGGACGAGGCCGCGGUUCAAGGGCCUCCAAUGGACAAGGCUACAUCCCCGGGGCUUUCAUCGGACCAGGCCACAGCCUCGGGUCCUCCAGUGGACCAGGCCGUGACCCUGGGGCCUCCAAUGGAUGAGGCUACGUCCCCAGGGCCUCCAAUGGAUGAGGCUACGUCCCCGGGGCCUUCACCGAACCAGGCCGCAGCCUCGGGGCCUCCAGUGGAGCAGGCCGCGACCCCAGGGCCUCCAGCGGACCAGGCCGCGGCCCCGGGGCCUCCAAUGGACGAGGCUACGUCCCCAGGGCCUUCACCGGACCAGGCCACGGCCCUGGGGCCUCCAAUGGAGGAGGCUACAUCCCCGGGGCCUUCACCGGACCAGGCCGCAACCUCAGGGCCUCCUCCAGAUGAGGCCGGUCCCUCAGGAGAGGUCACGGCCUCAGUGCCUCCACCGGAUGAAGCCACGGGCCUCGCUGGGCAUCCCCCCGACGGACCCACCGCCCCCUCGGGACCCCCGCCAGACUUCCGCUUCGAGCGGGGUAAGUACCGCUGCGGCUCCUGCCCCUUCCUCUGCUCGCGCCUGUCGUCCAUCUCCUCCCACGUGGCCCGGGGCUGCCGGGGCCGCGGGGACGACGAGGAGGAGGAGCGGCGGGAUCCGGGGACCCCCGGGUUCGGCCGCCGCCAGGAGCGGGCCCCGGGGGCGGCCCGCCCGCCGCUCCGCUGCCGCCUGUGCGACUUCACGUGCAAGCAGCGUCGCCGGCUGGAGCGGCACGAGCGAGUGAAGCACGAGGGCGCGAAGCCCCACCGCUGCCCGCUCUGCGACUUCGCCACGACACGCCGCUACCGGCUGGAGGCCCACCGCCGCUCCCGCCACGGCGGCCCGGGCCGCGUGCCCUGCCCCGCCUGCCCCCGGACCUUCGGCACCAACUCCAAGCUGCGCCUGCACCGCCUGCGCGUCCACGACAAGACCCCCAGCCACUUCUGCCCGCUCUGCGACUACGGCGGGUACCUGCCCCACGACGUCACCCGCCACCUCGACCGCUGCCACCGCGGGGCCCUGGCCUUCGCCUGCCCCGGCUGCGAGGCCCGCUUCAGCUCGGGCAGCGCCCUGCGGAGGCACGCCCUGCGUCGCCACGCGGAGCCCGUUGAGGAGGAGGAGGCCGCCCGACGCGGGCUUCGCUGCGGCAGCUGCGGGGAGGCCUUCCCCGGCCGGGCCGCCCUAGCCGAGCACCGACGGCAGCGGCACUUCGCCCACCGCUGCCAGCUGUGCCCCUUCGCCGACCGGGAGCGCGCCGGCCUGGUGCGCCACUACAUGGAGCGACACGAGGCCGGGGGCGGCGACGACGAUGACGCCGGGCCGACGCUGCGCUGCCCUUUGUGCCCGUUCUCCUGCCACCACCAGCUGGUCCUGGACCACCACGUCAAGGGGCACGGGGGCACGCGGCUCUACCGGUGCGCCGACUGCCCGUACAGCACCAAGAACCGACAGAAGAUCACCUGGCACAGCCGCGUCCACUCGGGCGAGAGGCCCUACCUCUGCCACCUCUGCCCCUACGCCUGCGCCGACCCUUCCAGGCUCCAGUAUCACAUGCGCACGCAUCAGGAUGAACGCAAGUACCUCUGCCCCGACUGCGGAUAUAAGUGCAAGUGGAUGAACCAGCUGAAGUACCACAUGAGCAAACACACAGGGCUGAAGCCCCACCAGUGCCCCGAGUGCCCGUACCGCACCAACCGGGCGGACGCCCUGCGCGUGCACCGCGAGACGCAACACGGGGAGGCCCGGGCCUUCAUGUGCGACCAGUGCGGCAAGGCCUUCAAGACACGCUUCCUGCUUCACACCCACCUGCGGAAGCACAGCGACCAGCGGGCCUACGUCUGCCGCCUCUGCCACCGCGCCUUCCGCUGGCCGGCCGGCCUGCGCCACCACGCCCUCACCCACUCCGCCCGGCACCCCUUCUUCUGCCGCUUCUGCCCCUACAAGGCCAGGCAGAAGUUCCAGGUGGUCCGCCACCUCCGCCGCCACCACCCUGAAAGUGCCGGGCCUGACCCCACCCAGGGCGUGGGCAGGGAUCCCACCGUGCCCCCGGUCCACCUGCACGAAGUCCGGCUGGAGCCCCCCGCCGCCGCCGCCCGGCCGGAGGCCUGAGCCUCUCCCCGCUGGGCACUGGACCCCAGGAGGAGGAGGAGGAGGAGGGAGAGCGGGAAGCGGAGGAGGAAGAGCAGGAGGAGGAGGAAGAAG